CUGACCGGACAUCUGUUAUCAGUCUGAGAGUGAGAGGUUUACACUCAGCUCAGAGUAGGAUCUGCACGGCUUCGAGGCCAAGCUGAUAUUUAUUGAAUUAUAUUACUGAAUUGGUUCAUUUGAUUUGGUCUUUUUUUGCGUUAGAAAACCAUAGUCCUCAUUUACAGGCGACACAACUGGAGUGGCAGCUUGCAGGCUUAUUCUCCUACUUAAUGUCAUCCUGAUCUCUGGUGUAUGUGCGGUAAUAACAUGUCCGCGCCGCUCCCUGCCAUAGUGCCAGCCGCCCGCAAAGCUACAGCGGCGGUAAUCUUUCUCCAUGGCUUAGGAGAUACAGGGCAUGGCUGGGCUGAAGCUAUGGCUGGAAUCCGGACACCUCAUGUCAAGUAUAUUUGCCCCCAUGCACCAGUCAUGCCAGUUACCCUCAACAUGAACAUGGCAAUGCCUUCUUGGUUUGAUAUCAUUGGGUUGGGUCCGAAUGCAGAGGAGGAUGAGACUGGGAUAAAAAAAGCUGCAGAAAGCAUCAAUGCUUUGAUUGAUCAGGAAGUAAAGAAUGGCAUUCCAUCUCAUCGCAUUGUAUUAGGUGGCUUUUCUCAGGGUGGUGCACUGUCUCUUUAUACAGCUCUAAAAAGUCAGCGGAUGCUUGCAGGGGUUGUUGCUCUGAGCUGUUGGUUGCCUCUCAGGAACUCCCUCUCGAAGUCAGUGAUUGGUGCUAAUAAGGAAAUACCAGUGCUGCAAUGUCAUGGUGAGGCAGAUCCUCUGGUUCCACUGAUAUUUGGGUGUCUUACUGUGGAAAAACUCAAGACAAUACUGAAUCCCAACAGCAUCACUUUCAAAACAUAUCCCGGGAUGCCCCACAGCGCCUGCCCAGAGGAAAUGAUGGAUAUAAAACAAUUCAUUGAGAAGCAGCUGCCUCCGAUAGACUAAUCAAUAUGGCCUUAAUGAUCUUUUGUGCUGAUCAGUGGUUCACAAGCUCUCUUCAGCUGCUCUCAUCAUCUGACUGAACUGACAACAGAAAAACCAAAUUCAAAUUCUGGACUGUUUCUGAUUUCAAGCCCGGUACUAAACCUAACUGGAACCACACAGCAAAGGUUCUCAAUCUUUGUUCUGAUUUCAGCCAGUCUUGCAUAUUUUAAUGUUUUUCUUGCUUUUCCAUGCGAUCAAAUCAAACAAUCCUCCAUGAUUUGCUGUGUGUUAAUAAAUGGAAAACAAUAACGUG